AUGAGAAAGGCCUUUUCAUGGGUCUUCGUGGCCCUUAGCUGUCGGGCAGACUGUUUGGAUGAGCACUGCUUGGCAACUUCCCAGGACGCUGGGACCAGCUGGGUGCAGAUGAAGAUCUCCAAACUGGAGAACAGCAAGGCGACGCCAGGCACAGACGAGUUCGGCAACUUCUACUCCAAGCGUGGUGGAGACUUGCUGGGCAGCAACGCUAUCUCGUGGGACAUUCCGCAGGACUUUUCGAACCCUGCGUGGACAUGGAAUAAUGAGCUCGACGAGCAAAUUCGGCAUUCACCUUUGAUCGACGGCAAGAAGAACAUCUACGUCGCAGGGACAUUGCGACUCCGAAAGUUCAGCCCCGAGGGAAAGCUGCUGUGGCUUUUCAAUCAGGACGAGCCCGGCCACACUUCGCCAGUCUUAGGUGAUGGCUUGAUCUACUUCCGAGUGGGGUGUGGGAAUGGCCACAACCGCGUGUAUGCCCUGGACAUGGAGACAGGCAAGGUGGUCAUCAACAAGACCGUCGCAGGCUUCGACUAUGGAGCAGACAGCCCGGGUCUCCUGCUGACAAAAAACCGGCUCUUCUUGCCGGCCUCGGCGCGCUCCUUGUCCGGCGGGUGUGACUCCGUGCUUGCAAUGAAUGCAUCCACGGGCGACCUACUUUGGUCGUACACCACGGACGAUGUCAUGUGGAAUAUGGCCCCAACCAGUCCCGAUGGUGGCGAAAGCGUAACCUUCUCCAGCAGUUGCGGUGUUUUUCAUCGGAUCUCUGCUGCGGAAGGUCAGUUGAUGGUGAAGUCUGAAGACAAAAUCGGAAUCGACGGUGUGUGUGGCACAGGAGGCGGUACUGCAGGCCCCAACGGACUUUUCUAUGCUGCUCAUGGCUUGCCUCCACCCGAUCAGGGCGCGGGCUUUAUGACGCCGGGCGAUGGGAUGUUCAUCACUGCAUACAACAUCACCACGGGCGAAAUUUCCUGGCGCUUUCCUCUUGAGAAACCCUACGAGGCCCCUCAGUCUCCAGCAGUGGGCUAUCUCUACGAGGGAGGGCCCCUGGCGGUGGUAGCUGCCAUUGGCCAAAACACUGGCCUGCCACCUCUCGUCGACGAGGCCGCGAUGGGCCGCUAUUUAGCAGAUGCAGAUCUUCGACAUCAGUUUAAUGUUACUGUGCUGAAGAACUCCGUCAUUGCGCUGGAUGCGGCGACUGGUGCCAAAAUCUGGCAAUGGAACGAGGCAGACUGGGACCAUUUCGGAGCUGCCGGAGAUGAGGAGGGUUUUCCUCGACGAGUUCUGCUUGGAAGCAUUGAGAACCCAAUUUGCCUUCCGGACAAUCAAGGCAUUCCUCUCAUCAACACGAAGGCUGGCGUCGUCAUUGCUUCCAGCUCUCACAGUGGCAACAUGACCCUCAUCCGGGAUGCGAACAAGAAUGGCAUCAUCGAGGACGGUGAGACGACCGCCUUUGCACCCGGAGUCGCUUUCCUCAACGGCCCAUCAUCGGCGCCCGACAUGCUGGUGGCUUCCCCGUGCUGGGGUCCGAUGUAUGUUUUCCGAGAGUGA